AAUCAACUGGUGCCAUCACUGUGGACGGUGUUUAUUUCGCCGCUUUUUAUGUUGAGGAAUUUUCUAAAGUCACGUUUCCUGGCACCGCGCAGCAUGUCCUGCUUCUUGCAAGUGAUGAACCCGAUAACGGGGCAGAACUCCUGGCAGGAGCGCGGCGAUGACUACGACUACCACCUGGAGGUGGCCAACGCGGGAUUCGGCGACAUGCUGCACGACUGGGAGCGGAAUCAGAAGUACUUUGGCGCACUUAGGAAGACCAUAGCCGGAAUGCGAGAGGCGGGCAGGGAGGUGCACGUGCUGGACAUCGGCACGGGCACGGGAAUCCUGUCUAUGAUGGCCUUGGCGGCAGGGGCGGAUUCGGUGACCGCUUGCGAGGCCUUCCUGCCAAUGGCCAAUUGCGCGGAGAAGAUUCUGGCGGCCAACGGAGCUGGCGACAAGGUGCGACUCAUCCGAAAGCGGUCCACGGAGAUCCAAGUGGGCGAGGAUAUGCCGCGAAAGGCCAAUCUGCUAGUGGCUGAGCUGCUGGAUACAGAACUGAUUGGGGAGGGCGCCAUCGGUAUCUACAACCAUGCCCACGCCGAACUGCUGACCGAGGACGCCCUCUGCAUUCCCGCCCGUGCCAGAUGCUACGCCCAGGUGGCGCAAUCUCCGCUAGCUGCGCAGUGGAACAGCCUGAAAACGAUUGCCAACUUGGACGGCGAACCUUUGCUGCACCCACCGGAGCAGCUGAAGAGCUGCCAAGGAGAGGCGGCUCUGCACGACGUCCAGCUUUCGCAGCUGCCAAUCUCCGCCUUCCGCCCGCUCACCGAUCCCGUCGAGAUCUUCCAGUUCGAUUUCCAGCGCAAGCAGGAGCGGGAGAAGCAACGGGCGCAACUACUAAAGCUGCAGUCCAAGCAACCGGGGGCCGCUGAGCUGGUCUUCUACUGGUGGGACAUUCAGCUGGACGAUGGCGGCGAGAUACUGCUCAGCUGUGCUCCUUACUGGGCGCAUCCACAGCUGAAGGAGCUGGCGGCCGAGAAGGCAAAGGAUCACCCGCUGCCCAAUGUGGUGCCCUGGCGGGAUCACUGGAUGCAGGCCAUUUACUACAUACCCAAGCCCCUGCAACUGCUCGAGGCAGGUAAAUCCUUCCACCUCAGCUGCCACCACGAUGAGUACUCCCUCUGGUUCGAUGCUCGCGAAGAGGCGCCCACGAAGAGCGUGCGGCGUCAUACCUGCACCUGCGACCUGCACAUGACCUACUCACGCGGUAGGAUUGGCCAGCUCAACCAGUCCCCCCGAAACAAGCGCUACCUGCGCUACCUGGAGGAAAGCAUAGAGGCGGAGAAGUCGAAUGUCCUGGUCCUCGGUAACGGCUGCCUGCUGGGACUGGCUAGCUCUGCUUUGGGUGCUGCGUCUGUGCUGCUCCACGAACCCCAUCGCUUCUCGCGUAGAUUACUCGAGUCGAUUGUUAAGCACAACCAGCUGAAGAACGUCCAGUUCUUGGACAAGGUGGAGGAACUGGAGGACUCUCAGCUAGCUGCGCUCACUCACAUUUUCGCUGAGCCCUACUUCCUCAAUGCGAUUCUGCCCUGGGACAACUUCUACUUUGGCUCCCUGCUCACCAAAAUCAAGGACAGGCUGCCGGAGGGUGUAAAGAUUUCGCCGUGCUCGGCGCGCAUCUACGCUCUUCCCGUGGAGUUUCUGGAUCUGCACAAGAUUCGAGCGCCCGUUGGCAGCUGCGAGGGAUUUGAUCUGCGUCUGUUUGACGAAAUGGUGGAGAGAUCAGCAGAGCAGGCAGUGUCCCUGGUGGAGGCGCAGCCCCUCUGGGAAUACCCCUGCCGCGCACUCUCAGAACCCCAGGAAGUCCUUAGUGUGGAUUUUAGUAACUUUGGCCAAGAGCACAGCCUGAAGGGCAGCAUUGAGCUCAAGCACACCGGAAUUUGCAACGGAGUGGCCUUAUGGGUGUACUGGCAGUUGGUGGAGGACAACAGCCCCAGAUCCAUUGUUAGUAGUGGUCCCAGUGAACCUGUCGUGCCCGGCGAGUUCGUAAAGUGGGACAUGUUUGUGCGACAGGGUGUGCACUUUCCACGGAAACCCAAAGACGCUGUUACGCAUCUUGAAUGGAGCACGGAUUUCAAGCCCCUGCUGGGUGAACUGAACUUCAGCUUUGGCCAGAAGAAGCUUUAACAUUAUACCAUUUAUUCACAAUAAUUUGGACAAAUUACAACGUGCAACGAACGUCAGGGCAAAUAGAAUGAUUAAGUGAGCAAGAGGCA